CUUAGCGCAUUGGUACGGUUUUCGUGCUAUCUCCCCGAGGUGUCUCUCUCUCUCCCUCAAGGUGCUGUCGCGACACAAGCGGGGGAGUUCCAAGUGUUCGCAUAAGAAAUUCGGACAUUCGUUGGUCACCGCCACUAAGUGGAUUGGUUUUCCCGGGCGAAGGACGAUAAGAUGGGAUACCACCAGCCCGGCGGAGGUGUUUGAUCCGGCACCGUCUAAUCCGAGUGCAAGGUUGAGAAAAGGAUAAUUCAAUUAUUCAGGGAAGCGCGCGUGUGUGAUUCGGUUAUAAAAUGCUCUCUUGUGUACCGCUGUGGCUGCUGCGGCUCCACCCCGUAAACAAGUGAUGACGAUGUGAGAAAGUGCUAAGAAAUAGGUUUUGGUUGUAAUGUGAAAAAUCACACCCAGUUGGUCGAUGGGGAAGAGUGAGAUUCGAGGAAAGAAGAAUCACGCAGCCAGGUUCGAGGAAAAUAACGUUGAUCGAAGUGUGUGGUUUCCUGCCGGAAUGUGCUAGAUUGGAAUGUUAAUCGACAGCAUUGGAAGUUGUGUUAUGUAAACAAGGUGUACCACAAUUAGGGAAUUUCAAACGAGAAUUCACGGAUAGCUGGGAUUAUCUAAUUCUGAUGAAACGUGUUUUUACUUGAACUAGCGUAAAGCCGUCCUGUCAUAACAAAAUAUUAGUGUUUUUGCAUUGAUACCGAAAACUAGAAGUGUCAAUAUCGAUUCCACAAUAUUUGUAAAGUUCAGGUUUAUUUAUUCCGCACCUAACGUCUCUGCUGUAGUCAACAUUGUAUCAUCACGAAUAAGUGUGUGUUGUAUGCAUUAUGGAUAAGAGCCCCGCUUGUUGAAAGUUGAAAACAACAUCAUAGACCGACCUUUCCAGGAAACACUUUUUCGUCAGUAGUUGUUUUGGAGGCUUCCGGAAAUAUCCCCCCAUCCGUUACCCCUUAAGCUCAAUACUAAACAAACCCGAUCCCAAGCGUCCUAAACUUUUUGAAAAGAAGGACAGAGAGAGAGAGUGUGACGUCCUUGUAGUGUAGGAAGUUAAGUUUGCCGUAUUAUCAACGGAAAAAGAAGAAAUAAGAUUUUGAAAAGUAAUUGUGUGCAUACGGAAUAUAUACGGUUUUUCAUCGUCGUCCCAAUCUGCUCCCACGCAACUAAGCUCUCGAGUGUGUCUAUUUCAGCCUUACCGAUAGCGAAAAAACGCUUCCCCCAAUGCAAACAGUGCCGAAAGUUUUCAAAGUGGCAGCAGCGAAGUGAAAAUUCCACCACAGCACAGCCAGCUUCUUUCUUCAGGCUCUACGCCCGACGCGUUGGCUUGCUGACAACUGGGUGAACUGAUUUCAAAUCUGUGCCAAGGCGGCAGGAAUCGGCAGCCAUUGGAACAACAUUACACUGAACAACGGAAUUCGGUAAUUUCUUGAUUGGUUUGACGCCAAAAAUACGGUUGAAGGGGAAAAAGUUCUGGAAAAGGAUUUUGAACAUAAACACAAGCACAAGCAAACGACGACGCCAUAAACCGAUCCAAAAAGAAGAUUCGCACUGCCAAUCAAGCUAGCUCGGGUGGUGUGUGUGUGCGGGUGAGAGUGAAGAAGAAGGUAGAGUCCUGAAUCGGUCCCGACGGAAUUUGUCCCCUUUCGGCGGGGAAGUGAUUCUUUAGUUUAGAUUGCGAAUUUAAUUUGAAAAGUGAGAAAGAGUUUGUCGAUCAAGGAUAACACGUUUAGGACUCAUAUAAAUAUACACUUUUCCUGGGAGUUAAGGAGAAAGUUGAAGAUUGCGCCGACCCAACACUAAACCGAAAAGCCGCCGGCUAGGCUUGGCCGGACCGAUGCGAUAAGCCGCGCGCAAAUUUCGUCAAAGUGGCAACUAAGAAGGGAUGGAAUCUUCGGGUCAGUGGAUUGGACAAGUUUUCCCUGCCAACAGUGUCGUGAAACCACCGCCAAUAUUUGCCCAUAUUUUCCGAAAUUAUGCUUCUUUGUUCGCUCGGGUCACUCUCGAGUUGAAUCCCCGGACAGCGAUUGGGCCAGCAUCGGACGAUUGUAGCCGUUGUCGUCGUCGUCGUCGCCGUUGCCGGCGCCUGUAUUAAAUUGAUCCUUUUUUCCACGACCAUUCCGGUUCCAUUCCGAUAAGAAUCCGAAAGAACACUCAAUACCAGUGGCACAGGCGGCAGCAAAUUGAAAUAUCUGGUUGGUGUGGUAAUCCUCGAACAUAGGCCGAUGCGAACAGCUUGCUCGUACUGAAAUCCCGGGGAAGUAUACGAGUCCGACGGAGCGACGUUGUCAUCAUUGGCAAACCCACAAAAGCCACGCAAACCAAUGCUUUGGGGUAGCGGCCGACGAAGAAGGCGACUGGAGCCCCCGAGUGGGCUGGUCCAUUUGACGAAAUGGUGCACGACUCUGUUUAUCAUUUUGGAAUCUACGAGCGUUGGAAAUGGCCUGAUAGCUUCAACGUCAUCGAUGGCAAAUAUGAGCUCCACUCCCACCCCGGCCAGCACAGCAGCACCCACACUCACCACCACCACCAGCAGCAGCAAUUCAGAAGAGACCAAUCGAAUGCACCCACGAUUCGAAGCCCUGGUACAACCUCUGCCACGUGGUUUCGAUGAUGGCUUGGUGCCAGAGUCGUCUACUGCUACUGCGUUCGAUCCGCUGCUCCUACUCGGAGGGUUCCGAUUUCCGGCCCAAUUGCACCCGGAACCCAUCCCGGUCGUUGGAAAGGCAAGUGCAAAUCCCAUCGGCGUUAGUGAAAAACAACACUCACGAACUAGCCCACUGGAGGCUACCGGUAACAGUGGGGGCAGAUUGCCCCAGCAGGGUUCGAAACCCAAUCUAGUUAAUUUAGGCGAAAGCAGCAGUAGUGGCAGUAGCAAAUUCAAAAGUGUUAAUUUAAGCCUAGCCGAUAAGACCAGUGGAGGGAGUGCCGUUGUGCGGGGAAAAUCGAACGCCAGUUCCGGUGGAAAGAGCAUGGUGGCCCACGGGCUAGCACCAUCCGAAUCGGAGCCCGGAGCGAAUCGGAUCGACGUAGAGCAGCGGGAGAUCGAGGGGAACUUUAGCAAAAUGUUCUUCGAAACGGAGAACCUGACGACGAUAUCAUCGCAGGUGGGAUCCAUUGCGGUGCUGCCGUGCGUGGUGCGGAACAUCGGCGAGGGUGUGGUGUCCUGGAUCCGGAGGAAAGACUACCAUCUGCUGACGAUCGGGGUGACAACGUACAGCAGCGAUGAGCGCUUCAACAUUAUCCGCUCCGAGGAUUCUGAGGAAUGGCCGCUCCAAAUCAAAUAUGUUCAGUUACGCGACGCUGGCCUGUACGAGUGCCAGGUAUCAACACAUCCGCCAACAUCGAUAUUCAUCCAGCUGGAUGUCGUAGAAGCGAAAGCGGAAAUUUUUGGACCAUCGGAAAAGUAUCUGAAACCGGGAUCGACACUUCGGCUGACCUGUCGGGUCGUCCAAAGCAAUGAACCGCCGCUGUAUAUUUUCUGGUAUCACAACAAUCGCAUGAUCAAUUACGAUGUCCACCGGGGCGUGAACGUGUCCACCGAGGCCGAUAACCGAUUUUCGGAACUGGUGAUAACUCACACCAACACCCUCAACUCUGGCAACUAUUCCUGUGUAUCGAAUAACGCUGUUGCGGCUUCUACACUGGUGCACAUUCUGAACGGUGAAAAUCCGGCGGCGAUGCAGCACGGCGACCACGGUAACGCUAUCCUGGCGGCCGCCCAUAUCCACCUGCUGGCGACAAUUGUAACAUAUCACGUCAUCAAUUCGUUAUUAUGUGCCCAUUAAAAGUGUAUUGGCGAAUAUGAUUGCGCACCCGUUUACGUACAUGCACAGAGAGAGAGAGGUUACGGCAAGACAAGGAAGGGGCAACGAAACGAAAUUACAGUGUGGAAACGGUUCCUUUUUUUUCAAACCCCCAAACGGACAAACGGAAACCCCGGUUUCCCGUUGAACGCGCCCUGCGCCAAGCCAACACACGGGGCUGCUGAAUGGGGAAGGAAGUGAGCAUCGCCGCUUCAGGUGCAAAAGCACCGUGAGAUAUGAUAAUGACAAACGCAAGUAGGUAUAAAUCAGGCAACCAACGCACGGGAAAAAUCCCCCGACAACGGUGGUCCAUUGUAGAAUGAAAAGUGAACCAAAAAAAAUGUGGAAAAUGGCUUUUAUAACAAUUGUAUGGUAAUAGGCAGUAGAAAAUACCGGCGUAGGGCAAUGAGCUGGGUUGAGUUGGUGCGACCGAGAAUUUACAUUCACAUUACAGAGAUAAAAUUAAAACGUUUUCUUUAUUUAACCCUCACUCUUAGAAAAAAUGAAAAUUGCAUUUUUACGUAAACAACGUAGCGACGUAUUUUUCUGUCUGACAAUAGGAUUUUACAUGUUAUGAUAUCUAAAAUUAAAUAUUGCGGCUCUAUUGAUGUAAAACUCAGACUGAAUAACCUAAAAACGCCGAGCAACUCACAUUUUUACAUGUUAAAUUAAAUUAAAAUUUAUGUGAAUUGGGACGCUCCUUUUAUGUGCAUCUGGCAAGACGGAAAGUUACAAGAUUUUUUUCUGUGUAAUCAGCGACAGCAAUCUACCUGAAACGGAGAUGUAGGAUAUGAGCACUAGACUGCCCAGAAAAAUGAUGAAUUUUUGAAAACUCAAUCGGCCCACCCCUGAGUCGAUUCCUAGUCCCGCCAGGAGUACUUGCACCAAAUUUGAAGCAAAUCGGACAAGUAUAACUACCGGACCAACGUGUCUGAAGUUUGUAUGGGAUUUUUCAACAAUUCACAUGGAAAAAACUCACUAGUUCGUAUUUUCGCCGCUAGGUGGCACUAUAUACAUCGUAUUAUCACUGUAAGUAAAAAUAAGAAAGAUAAUUUAAUUGUCCACAACUUUGUCGAAGACUGCUAGUAAAUCCGGCUUUGUUAAAAGUAGUUAUUAAAUUUUUAACGAAGUAAUGUCUGAGUCAGUUUUGCAUGGGGCCUAGCAGUGCAUGGUUGUGUAUCAGUGCUCGAGUCCCGCGAACUAUACAUUUUUGUGAUAUAAGGGUUAGAUUUAGCUGAAUAGUAUGCUUACAAGAAUUGUAGUAAAUAAUACGAGUUAUGUUUUGAUUAGAAAAUUUUAGUUCCACCUGUGACCGCAUAGAGGGCGCCACCACUAACUUUUCAUAGAAGAGAGAUAGAGUAUCAAAAUAUUCGGAAGAAAUACUGAAAAAUACCUGUUCUGUAACUUUGUAGAAGACAACAAAUUUCUAUCUCUCUUCCUUGAAAAGUUAGUGUUGGCGCCCUCUAUGCGGUAACAUGUGGAACUAAAAUUUUCUAAUCAAAGUAUGACUCGUAUUAUUUACUAUAAUUCUUCUGAGCAUACCGUUGAGCUAAACCUAACGAUUAUUUCACAAAAAUGUAUAGUUCGUGGAAAUCGAGUACUGAUACACAACCUUGCACUGUUAGGCCCCAUGCAAAACUGACUCAGACAUCACUUCGUUAAAAAUUUAAUAACUUCUUUUAACAAAGCCGGAUUUACUAGCAGUGUUCGACAAAGUUGUAGACAAUUAAAUUAGCUUUCUUAUUUUCAUGUAGAGUGAUAAUACGAUGCAUACAGUGCCACCUACCGGCGAAAAUGCGAGCUAGUGGGUUUUCUCCAUGUAAAUUGUUGAAAAAUCCCAUACAAACUUCAGACACGUUGGUCCGGUAGUUAGACUUGUCCGAUUUGCUUCAAAUUUGGUGCCAGUACUCCUGGUGGGACUAGGAAUCGACUCAGAAGUCGGCCGAUAGGGGUCAUUUUUUUCCUGUCACUCUAAUGAGCACCUUUGCACAAGCUUGAUUCCCACUAGAAAAUAACAAAACAAAUUCUUGUUUCCUAAUUAGUUGACUUUAAGUUGUUUGUCGACUGUUGUUAAUUAUUCUGAGGAUGUUAUCGGCUGAAUCAGUCAAAAUAAA